AUGGAUCGAAUUGAGCGCGUCGAGGGUUCCGCCAGCAAUGGGGGAUCGAAUCUCCUGCGGCCUCCUUCCCAGGAAGCCUUUCCUGCCUUCCCUGAAGAAACCGGCUCUCAACAGCAACCCUCUGCGAGACCUCCACCCCGUUUAAGACACCGAAACCGCCAGCCGAGUAUCAGGCUACGUCGUCUCUCGUCCGCCUCGAGUCUGGGACAACAAGAGACGGCCGGAUCCACUGAACAAUUUCCGCAACUUACCCCGCAAGCAACAACAGAGGAGAGGAGCAGUAUCCCUCUGACCGAACAGAGUCAAGAUGACUCAUGGGAAGCGAACAGGCGGCGCAGCAACUCGGAACCGCGUCCUGGCCGUUAUUCAUCUCCGCCGAUCAUCGUGACUUCCGGUAUACCAAUUUCUCAGCAGCACCCGAUGUCCCCGGUUAAAGAAGAGACUGGAUCUAUGUUUAGGCCAUCUACGGAUUUGAAUAAUGCCGAACGAUUGGCGGCAUUGCGGGAAAUCUCACCUACUGCCAGCGGUGAUGGUGGAAUAGCACCACAAGAAACGUCAGCUCCAGAAGAGUUCCCGACUGUUGCAACACCACGACCGGGAAUGCUGCGUCGGGCCAGUGCCGCAGCAUUAUCAGCAAUAGGACGCAAUCGCGCUUCCACAGUAGCCGGUGGUGAUCCUGCUCAACACUCCCCUGCCCCGGAUGAAUACGAUUCGCGCAUUGUUGAUUUUCUAGAUGUGAUCGACCCUGAGAUUUCGACACUGUCUACGCUUACCAACGUGCAAAACUCGCUGUUCAUUCCUGAUCUUGGCCCCUUGCUCAAUCGUAUGCCCACAUACACUCUCACGCGAAGGCCUAGUAAAGUGGCCGAAGGUCUUGAUGCUACACAGAGAAAGCCAGAGCCAGCCGUGGCAGAGGAGCCUUUGCAGACCAUAUCGGAACGCCCAUCGGCAGUAACUUCGAUGACUUCUGCAUUGGGACCUGAUCGGUUCGCUAUCCUCCCCGACGGAGUGACUCUAGACGGCUGGUCUCAAGAGGAGAUAGAGGAAUUGAACGACCAUGUCCGGCACAUGCUUCAUUCCCGUCGGUCAAAGUUCAAGCGUGCUAUGAAAGGUUUUGGACAGUAUGUUAAACGACCACUUGGAUUUCUGGUUACCUUAUAUGCAACUUUGAUUACUCUUUUUGGACUUGCUUGGGUUCUUUUCUUGAUCGGUUGGAUUAACGUCGGCGGAAAACAACUAUAUGUCAUUAAUAUCAUUGACAACGUGCUCGUGGCACUCUUUGCCAUCAUGGGUGAUGGUCUGGCACCAUUCAGAGCCGUCGACACCUACCACAUGAUCUUCAUUGCGCAUUACCACCACCUUACCUGGCGCCUUCGCAAAAAGCGCACUCUUCCCGACCUCGCCGACAAAAAUGMCCUCCCAUCCCGCCGAGCCGAAGACGUCGUCGAUGCUGAGCGCGACGGCGACCCUGCUACUACUCCCAUAGAAAAAGGACCACUAGAAUACUCUAUCCUUACACCUCUUCAACAACAACGCCUUGAACACCAUCAACGCAAAUUUGCAAAAUCGCAUACCUUCUACAAACCCCACGAAACCGUCACUCACCACGCAUUCCCACUCCGAAUGCUAGUCGCCAUUGUCGUGAUUCUCGACUGCCAUUCCCUUUUCCAAAUCGCACUGGGCGCCUGCACAUGGGGUAUAAGCUACCACGUGCGCCCCUUUGCGCUUACAACCGUGAUUCUCUGCUGUUCCAUCACCUGCAACAUCACAGGCGGCGUGUUGAUCUCCAUCGGCGACAGAAUCACACGUAAAAAGGACGUUGUCGAACGCAUGGCUCGGCAAGGUCUGACGGGCGAAGCGAUGAAGAAAGUCGAAAAGCGCAAGAUGAAGGAAGUCGAGCAGACGCGUAAAUCGAUGGAUAUCGCAGAGCCGUAUCCUGAUACUUGA